AUGGAGUUGUAUAGUACUGAACAAUAUAGUUUGUUGGAGGAGUUACUAGGUCUAACAGGUGCAGUUGGAUUGAAUGAUGAAUUAUGCACCAGUGGCAGUGGCAAUGAUGAAUGGAUGAAUUUUCAUACUUUAACAAAUCCCGCAACCACUACUUAUACUUCCUUUCCGGAUUAUUCUCUACCUGUUGAUCAGAGCCUGAGUUACUCAGUUUUCAAUGAAAUCUAUGAUUUAUCACCUCCACUUGAAUUCCCUCCUCAACAACAUUAUUCUCUUUUUGGUAAUGAUGUUAUUCUUAAUCAGAAUUUGGAUACGCGUAAAUUUCAAGAAGCUGAUCAGGUGCCUGCUACUUUCAACAGUCCAAAAACAAAGAUUAAUAAGAUGGUGAAGAAGCUCAAUGGGCAGCCUUCCAAGAAUCUAAUGGCUGAAAGAAGGAGAAGGAAGCGCCUUAACGAUCGCCUUUCAAUGCUCAGAUCAGUUAUGGAUAGAACCUCUAUACUUGGUGAUACUAUAGACUAUGUGAAAGAGCUAUUGGAGAGAAUUAAUAAGUUGCAAGAUGAAAUUGAAGAUGUGGGAUCAAAUCAGCUGACCAUCUUCAAGGAUGCAAAGCCUAAUGAAAUGUUAGUGAGAAAUUCACCCAAGUUUGAUGUAGAAAGAAGGAAUGGUGCAGAUACAAGAAUAGAGAUAUGCUGUGCAGGGAAGUCUGGGUUGUUGCUGUCAACCCUGAGCACUCUAGAGGCAUUAGGCCUUCACAUUCACCACUGUGUCAUUAGCUGCUUUAAUGAUUUUGCAAUGCAAGCUUCAUGUCAGGAAAAGGAGCAGAGAGCAGUUUUAAGUUCGGAAGACGUAAAGCAGGCACUAUUUAGAAAUGCAGGAUAUGGAGGAAGCUGUCUUUAA